AGAGUGAGGUAGAGGUUGGCAGCUAGAAGUAAGGUACUGGUACUACUUACUACCUACGGUAACUAACUGCUAAGCUCUCGAUUUAUUAGUAUUGCGGCAAAGUCAUGUGAGCGGCAUUUGCCUUCCAGUCAGGUGAAAUGGGAGGCAAAAAGAGCCUGAGGCCACAGCUCCAGUUCAAGGAGUCUCAGUUCCCCCCUCCACCUUCCAAGGGCUUGUUUCACCGAUCGGACGACUCCCGUUGACGGUACUCGGUACGGUACUCCCUAUGAGGUAGACAGAUCUCCCUCGAGCGUGUCGCUCCAGCUGUGCUAGCGUUUCCGCAACAAUGCUCGCGUCGCUGCUGCGUCCCAAGAAUCGCCGCCAGGGGUACUCGGAACAGUCGCCCUUCUCCUCGCCGUUUACUGCGCGGGAGACAACGCCAUUGUUUCGCAAACGACGGGAAGAUGUGACGCACGAUGAGCUUCCGGAUCCUCUAGAGCCGGGGGAAGAAGACGGGGAAGGGGGAGACGAGGGAGAGGAAGAAGAAGAGGAGGAGGAGGAGGAGGAAGACGGGCCUCAGGAGGCAAUGCCGCUCCUGCCUAUUUUUUCGGCCUCUCACUUGGAUUCUCUCCCUGUCUACAACCUCAUCCACGCCAUCCGCCCGUUGAUCGUCGCCCGCUGCGAAACCCCCCUGUCCUGGGACCAGCUGCGCUCCCCCCAGGUCUCGCAGUUCCUCGUCAAACCCAUCCAGCAGCAGAUUUUGACGGCUCACUUCUCCCGCGCCACGCUUUAUGCCCUGCUCGCCAACUGUCUGCAGUUCACCAAGGAGGUUCAUCUCAAUCCCGGCAACAGCGGCACUAGUCAGACGAGAGCGAUGGUGAGCGAGCUGCUGGCUAUCAAGCUGCUCAAGGAAUACACUACCCGGGAAUUGAUCGAUGCUCUCUCCUACGAGUUCCAUCCGCUGCAGGGCCAGACGCCGCCUCCGACGAACAGCUCGCAAGGGGGCCCGGAUUGGGGUUCCGCCCAGAGAAACAAACGGCUGCCCGCCGCCGCGCGCAUCUCCUGUCUGGAGCUGGCGAUCCGUGCCCAGGCGAAACGAUUCCUGGCUCAUCCGGUGGUAGUCCAGCAGCUCGAGGCGAUCUGGGCGGGAACGAUUGUCUUUCAUUCGACGGCAGACAAUCUUCAUCGCAGUGUAACCUCUCGGACCAGACCGACGUAUGGCACCGCUGGCCCGAAUGACGCCUUUCCAGGUCGGUUGCAAGCCAGCAUCGCUGCCGAUCAGAGCCCGGCGAGUCUGCGCCGCUCGGUCACGCUCUAUGACCCUCGAGAUGCCUCGCUGUUCAAGCUCUCCCGACUGAGAGUGCCGCGGUACCGACAGUUCUUGUCGACUCUCUCCUUCGCCGUCCUUCUCGGUCUCUUUCUUGCCGUGUUGAACGGGCGGCGCCAGGAGAUCACCUCGCUGGAGGUGGUGUUUUGGUUCUGGAGUGCUGGCUUUAUGCUGGACGAGAUCGUCGGGUUCAACGAACAAGGGUUCAGUCUUUACCUGAUGAGUUUUUGGAACAUCUUUGAUUUGGGCAUCCUGCUGCUUCUCGUCUGUUACUACUGCAUGCGUCUGUACGGCGCGGUGAUGCCGUACACUCGCAACAAGAUGGUUGCCGACCGGGCGUACGACAUUCUGGCCGCCAACGCCGUCCUGCUCUUCCCCCGUCUCUUCUCGAUAUUGGAUCACUAUCGCUAUUUCUCCCAGCUGCUGAUCGCCUUCCGUAUCAUGGCAUCCGAUCUGGUCGCAGUGUUCCUGUUGGUGAUCAUCGCCUGCAGCGGCUUCUUUGUCGCCUUCCUCUCCUUUGGCGACAACUCGGCCCCCGGCCCCAUGGCGUAUGCCCUCUUCCAGAUGCUGAUGGGGUUCACCCCUACCGCGUGGACCAUGUGGGACGAGUACAAUGCUCUGGGGAAAAUCAUCCUGACGAUGUUCCUGUUCAUCUGUCAUUUCGUCGUGGUGACCAUCCUGAUCACCGUGCUGACCAACUCCUUCAUGGCCAUUGUCCAAAACGCCAACCAGGAGCAUCAGUUCCUCUUCGCGGUCAACACGAUCUCCAUGGUCAAGUCCGACGCUCUCUUUUCCUACGUCGCACCGACCAACAUCUUCGCCUGGAUCAUCACCCCGCUACGGUACCUCAUGCCGUUCCGCCAGUUCAUCCGGCUCAACCGGACCAUCAUCAAGAUCACGCACCUGCCCAUUUUGUUUUCUAUCUGCCUGUAUGAAAAGACCAUCCUCGACGCGCAGGUGAUCGAACCCACAGAUCUCGUCGAGAACCGUCACGGCCUUCGCAGCCAGUCGGACCGGUCGCCGACCCGGCACCACAGCCGGUUCCACGCCUUCAAUCCGAACGCACCUCGAAUCGUCCGGGAGCCGUCGGUGGCGACCUUCCAAAAAGACCGAGCGCUGGAGGAAGUGUUUCGUCGGCGGCCUUUCAUCGACGAGACCAACCGUCGCAGGGUUCCCCGGAAAGCCAACCGGCAGCAGACCAGCAAUAUCGUCAACCAGUGGAUGCAAGAUAUGGACGCCGGGCCUGCCAAUCCGCCCGACGAGCAGGAUCCCGAGGAGGUGAACCGUCUGGAGGCUCUCCCUCCUCGGUUACGAUUUCCGCUGCGGCGACGCUUCAUGCCUACCACGCGGGACUUUACCGAGACGACCCGGUCUGUCGCCUCGAAUCCGGAGGAAGUCAUGAGCCGGUUCGACUCUCCCUCAGCAGUGCCCCGGCGGAUGCGCGAUUUCGCGUCCCCCGAACGAAGCCGACAGCUGUCCCGACAUACGGACAUUGAAGGAGACGAUGAACUAACGAGCGGAGACAAUGAGGGAGACGAUGAGGAAGAUGAGGAACGGGAAGAACAAGAGGAACCUGAGGAAGAAGAGUCGAGGCGAGUGACCACCAGCGCAGGGAAAAGCACGCCGAAAUUCUACAGUUCCCGCCCGUCGACCGCAAAACUGGUCUCGCGCAAGAACAGCCCCAGCCGCCGACACCGCGCCCACCAUCGCACCACCUCCGGGGCCACAAUGCUCUACAAUCCCAUCCCGGCAGAAAGCGACGCCGAAGAAACGGAAGACAACCAGUCGGUUCCUAUCCGAUCGGGCGCAGGUGAGGGUGGCCCCGGCCUGGCCACUUCAGCAGAUCAAUUCACCACCCUACGCCGGCGCCAUGACUCGCGCACAGCACUGUACUCGAACAACCCCAUGUCCGUGCCAGAUCUAGGCGGGUUCUACAUGCCCCGUAGUCCCGGGGGGGAGAACUCCCUCUCGCCAUCUACCGUUGGAGAACGCGGCCGGAUGAUGCCCGCCGCCGCCGCGAUGCUGUUCGAUCUAGGCUCAGACCUAGGCGACAACAAGGUGCUGGCGGGGGGCAACUUCCCCGCGGCGGUCUUACCGGCCAGCUUCUCGACGCAGAUUGGAUUUCCGACGGCCACACCGGGUGCAGGGCGACGCCCUCCUCCUCCUCCUCCCCCGGCCGGCGACGUACAUGAUCAAGACAUGCUCAGCAAGCUGGUCCUGGCGCGGAUGAAUAACAUCGAGGAAGGGUUCCGCGAGGUGAUUCGGGAGGUUAAAGAUCUGGCGAGUCGUAGUCAGAGUCGGCCGGGGAGUCGACGAAAGAACGAGAAGAGGAGGAAGUAGUUAUUUUUGUUUUUUUUUUCCCUUUUGUCUUUGAUCUACCCUGGCGGUUAUCUGAUAUACGAUACCCAUACAUAGUUGUCUAUUCUACUCAUUCUCGCCAUACACGGGUCUUCUUUCCUCUCUGCUAACCAUCAUCUUUGACUAUUAUUUAUGAACAUGAGUAGACUUCUUAAUCGCCUGAUGGAUCGGCCGACCGUCUUGAUCCGUCUGUCUCCCCUCCUGUCCACGCAUGGCUUCUCGAUCCUGAGAGUUGAUGACGGAUUCCGUUCGGGGGUUGAUGGCUUUGCCGAUGAAGUAGGAGGCGAUGCUUAUUCCUGCCAGGCUGGCGAGAAUGAGACUGAGUAGUAAGUAUAUAGUAUAUAGUGUAUUGUAUAUUGCAUGAAGACUUACUUGUUUUUGCGGU